GCACGACCGGCGCAGCUGCAAGGAUCUUGUGGUGGCGCAGCACUCCGUGGACUCGGAAGGAACGCAGAAGCGGGUCACUCACACUGAGCUGGACCAGAAGAUCGUUCGGUUCCGGUAUGGCGAAAGGGAUAAAGCGGCAGCGAGCAAGGCACAACGUGAGGAUGAAAAGAAGGCACGCGACCUUCAGCAAAAGCUCUGCGAAGCCGUGCGAGCUAUCUCAGCCACGACGGCAUCCCUCGACGACCUGCUGAUGAUACCAAAGGCCUACUUGACUGACGUCCUCAGCGAAAUCCGCGAGCUUGAAGACCGAAUGCAGGGACUCAAGCACGAGAGCGACCACAUCCUGGAGCAGAAGGAGAACGAGUUGCAAGAGAAGCUGAUCAGCAUCCAAGUGGAGCGGCGGGAAGAGAAGAAAGUGUCUGACGAGAAGUACGACAAUCUCUUCAAGCAGCUCCAGCAGACUACAGAGCGUCACACUGUGGAGAUGCAGGAUGCCAACAGCAACUUCGACAACAAGCACAAGAAGCUCCAGGACCGAUUCGAAGGCAGCAUCUCAAGGGAGUACGAGAAAAACAGCAAGUUGCUGGAUGAGCUCCAGACUCUCCGCGACGAGUUCGAGGAGGACAAAGCCAAGAUGCAAAAAGCCCACGAAGAGCAGCUCGUGGAGCUCCGCGCGGCGCAGGAGAAUGCUUUGCGCGAGUGGAGGGUGGAGUACGACAAGGUUUGCAACCUUCUGAAAUCCGAUGGCCUCAAGUUCGAGGAAGCUCUGCGCCAGCAGGAGUCAGAAUACGAAAACCAGAUCGUCGAGAUCCUCGAGAGAGAGCGCAAAGCAUUGCAGGACGAGUCCGAGAAAGCCACCACGGCCCUCAAGGAUGGGGUGAGCAUGAAGCAGACGAUUGGAAUGCUCCAGAAUCAGGUGAAGGCCAAGGAUGCCGAACUCAUCGAGGCUGCACAGCAGCAGGAGGAGCUGCGCAAGAAGCUUCAGGCAUCGCAGGAGAUGGUGGACAAGGUUCGAGCCCAGCUCAAGGAGCGGGAGCGGAGCUUGAAGGUGAAGGACGAAAGCCUCAACAAGCUGCGGGAGCAGAUGAAGCACCUGGAGAGUUUCCGGUUCGUGCUCUUCCACAAGGUGCGCGCCCUCGAGGAGGAGCGCGAUCCGCUGGAGGAGCAGGUGAACUCUCUGAAGACAAGCGUCCGGGAGAUGUACAAUGAGUUUGUCCGUGAGUUUCGGCAGAAGCAGAAGCUGGACCAGGCUCUCAGUGACAAGGUCAUGCGGUCCUCAUCUCUGCAGCAAGAGAACGUGGAGCUCAGAGCUCAACUCAUCCAGCUGAAGAAGGAUGGCCGCAGGCUGAUCCAGGAGGUCGAGACCGUGCUUCACCCAGAGACGACUGAGGACUACACGCAGAUGCCAAAGAGACUGCAGGCUGUGUUGGAGCGUCAUCAGAAGUUACUUGCCUGGAAGCACACGGAGGAGAAAACCGAGGAUGUGG